GAGUGUUGGUCACAUGCCUUUAAGUCAAUAUGCCAACAACUACAACGCUUAUCAGGAAAUGUGUAUUCUGGACUAUACUACAGUACUUCAUUGUGGUACACGUCACUGAGGGGGCCGACUUACUGUGCAAUGGGCCGCUUGGUUAUGAUGUCUCGGCUCUCCUUACCGGAUCUUGGACCUUCCAAGCCUCCAAUCAGAGCUGCCCGGCUAAACCAUCUAACGGCCGAGCCACGUGUAACGUCACUCUGGCCUUCUGUAAGAAGAUAGAGAAAAUUCCUGAGUGCAACGAAUCGUCCAGUGCAUGUGUGAAGGCGUCCAACUACACUGGGGGUAAUGAAAGCCAAACCUUCUCAAUUGGUGGAUAUACACCGAAUCCGUUCUCGCUAUCUGGGGGCGUCAUCGUGGCAACUUUUGCACCAGUCUUCCUAAACUAUAGCACCACGUGUGUUAACUUGACGACAGUAGUAAAGUUCCAUUGCAAUUUACAAUCAAAAUGGACAGCAGGAUCCCAAGGAUUAACUCCGAUCCCGAGGUCGGCAAACAUUAAACCAAAGUUUGAAAAAAAUCAAAAGGGUGAAUGUACAUACAUCAUUGAUGCAGAUUUUGAGGGGGCAUGUAUCAAUGUUGUCCCAUCCCUUCCCGUCAACGGGCUGGGUGCGGGGACUGUUCUCAUUAUCAUAUUUUUCGUUAGUAUUAGUGUUUAUUGUAUCUGUGGCUGUACCUGUAACUUUGUUCGAGGAUACAAAGGACCAGAACUCAUACCCCACUCCCAGUUUUGGAUUGACCUUCCCGUACUUAUUGCUGAUGGAAUGAUCUUUACCUUUAGAUGUUGCAGACAGGAGCCUACUGCAUAUGACAGCAUAUAGCUCUAUACGAUGUAGAUAAAGAAAAAUUAGUGUCGAUUUAAACAUUCCAUUCAAAGAUCUGGCUCCAGGGCCAUAAAACUUAAAUGAGCUCACUUUUGAUCUCAGCCUCACUUUCACCAAAAAGGGAUUAAUAGUGGAAAAGUGAGACUGAGAUUAAAAGUUAGCUUGUCUAAAUUUUAAGGCUCUGGACCCUGCAUGUGAUAAAAAACCCUUUUUACUUGACUCAUGUAAAUUUUGAAUAGAAUUCUUGCAAUUGGAACAUGAGAGAGAGAGAGAGCGAGAGAGAGAUGAAAACUUAAUUUGAAAAUUAAUGGUUAAAUUUCUGUUUGAGAGUUGUGUGUUAUAGAAGAGCAUAUAAACGGUUUGUUUGAGAUUUAUAAAUGACAUGUACAUGUAUAUUAUUCAAUUUUGUUUGGGAGAAAGAUCUUGGUAUUCAGUGGAGCUUCUUUUAUCCAGACAAGGUCCAAGGCCAAAUCGUCAUCAUUAAUUAAGUUAUUGUAAUAUACUUUAUAUUAUAGUUGAAUAAAAUGAAAAUAACUUUUUUCCAAAAAUUCUGUUCGGAAAUGGAAGAUUCCGGAUCAAAAAGACUCCAUUGAUCUUUCCUUGACAAUCGUACGCACAUAUAAUAACGUGGCAUAGAUAGGAGUAAAUGUGUAAGAAUACUUAGUAUAUAUAAUUUACAGUUCAUGCAUAAAAUACGUAAACAUGUUGAUUAUACCUUUAUUUUUAUAACAAAUACUUAUAUGUGUGUGUUAAUAGUAAUGUUUUAUAUUUUCUUUUAAUUUCUGGUUUUUCAUUUGUAAAAAAGAUUCACUAGUAUUUAGAAUUUUUUUUUUGAAUAAAAAAUAGAAAUAAAGUAAAAA